AUGUUCAUUUCAAGUCCUAAUAUCCGUGGCGCGUAUUCAGCCGGAAGCCGGAAAGUCUCCCGCGCGGCAGAAAAGAACGCACUCUUCUUUGCACCUCUCCUUCCAACCACCCUGCAACCUCAUUUCCAAGGUUUCAUGACUGGCCAGCAUGGCUCGUCUUCAUCCCUUGUGGAGACCGUAGCAGGAUUCACCGCGGGAAUCGCUACCACCCUCUCCCUCCAUCCACUCGACCUUGUCAAGACAAGACUCCAGGUCGACCGAACAUCCUCGUCCCGAGUUGGUAAUUCAUUGCGCAUCGCCCAUCAGGUCUUCAAAACGGAAGGGGGCUUAGCUGCCUUCUACCGGGGUCUGGCUCCGAAUCUUAUCGGGAACUCGACAAGCUGGGCCUUGUACUUCCUGUGCUACAGCAGUUUCAAAGAUGCCAUUUCCGCGUAUCGAGGGCAGGAAGGAUGGAUGCUCACAUCAUCUGAUUACUUUCUUGCGUCGGGCAGUGCAGGUGCUCUAACAUCCAUUUUCACGAAUCCAAUCUGGGUGAUAAAGACCCGCAUGCUGUCCACUGGAUCUCAGGCGCCGGGUGCGUACUCUUCCUUCGCCGCUGGGGCAAGGCAAAUUUAUCACACGGAGGGUUUACCAGGCUUCUAUCGCGGGCUUGUGCCCGCUCUCUUUGGAGUCAGCCAGGGUGCUCUUCAGUUCAUGGCAUACGAGCGAUUGAAGGUUUUCCGGUCUAGGUCUGGACGUGAUACGCCCUUGGGGGAUAUCAGUACUGGCACGGGACGAAAGCUUGGAAAUUUCGACUUUUUGGCUCUUUCGACUCUAUCCAAAGUAUUUUCAGGCUGCGUCACAUAUCCUUAUCAAGUUGUCAGGUCGCGUUUACAGACUUACGAUUCACACCUAUUUUACCGCGGUCCUAUCGAUGCUGUUGUCCGGAUCUGGGCUCAGGAGGGGCUCGCGGGAUUCUACAAAGGUCUUGGUCCGAAUCUAUUCCGAGUGUUACCGAGCACUUGGGUGACCUUUUUGGUAUACGAGAAUUCCAAGGUUUACCUAUCCAAGUUGACAGUCAAUACAUAA